GUGAGCAGACGCUGCAUCAGAUUCGGGCAGCUGGGGGUGCAAACUCCGGACUCCUUGAUGGGGAGUUCCGACAGAAUGUCCAGCGCAACCUGGCGUCGCAGCUGCAGCAGCUCUCGAAGCAGUGCCGCGAGGCACAGCGGGCCUACCUCGCUGAGCUGCGCCGCCGCCACGCUGUCGCGGAACCCGCGCGUGCCUCCCAAGGAGCCCAAGGAGAAGGCGGCGCACCGCCUGCGGCACCGGUUCAGAUGCAAAAGCAGCUGCAGGAGCUAGAUGACAUGGAGCUCGUGGCUGCCCAAAGGAGCAGCGAAAUCGCCCAGAUCGCCUCUUCCGUCGUGGAGCUGAACAGGAUCUUCAAGGACCUGGCGGCUUUGGUCAUUGAUCAGGGUACUAUCCUGGACCGAAUAGACUGCAACGCAGAGAAGAUUUUCCAGAGGUCAGACGAGGCCAAAGGUCAACUGCAGAAAGCCGUGGUCCGUAAGAAGGAGAGCGACUCCCGUGCUUGGUAUUGCCUCCUGGUGUGGGGAGCUGCAGAUGCAGUUCUGCUGCUGGUGCUCCUCAUCAAGUACCAGCUGAAGUACGGCUUGAAGAAUGUCUUGAUCUUCGUGCUGGUGGCCGGUGCCCUUAUCACCGCCUUCUACUGCUGGCUGCGCCACUGCCGGCCCAAAGCCCUGGAGGAAGGCCCUGCCUAUCUGGAUCGCGUGAUCCCGGAGGGCUAUCGCCCGAAUGACCUCUGGAAGAAGAUUCGCCCGGGUCCGAUCAACACGGCCCAGAUCGGGGUCUCGGCGAUGCGCGCUGGUCCAUAG